AUGUCCAGCGACGACGAGGUGAUAUCGCAACACUGGCUGGUGUCCAAGAUUUUCCUCUCGUACCUCAUCGCCGUCACGGGAAGCUUCUGCACGAUCCAGCUCAUGGAGAAAUGGCGCAGUGCGAUUGAGACCAGGGACAAGCUCGUUCUGAUGAUUCUCUCUUCGGUUGCUCUGGGUGGUUGCGGAAUUUGGUGCAUGCAUUUCACCGGCAUGAACGCACUUGAGUUGACACGAGAGGACGGGUCCGUACUGACGGUGGAUUUUGAGGCUGGUUUGACGAUCCUCUCCUUCAUCUGCGCCGUUGGGGGAGUGUUCGUUGGCCUCAAAAUCGCGUCUGCUGACCCAUUCUUCCUCGAGUUGGAGCAGGAAAAGCGCAAAAACAUUCUGGUGAAAGAUCUGGCGACCACGGCCAUGUCGGACGUCGUGAACAAGCAGAAAGUUGCCAAACGCAUCAAGCUCAUCGCCCUCUUCUCGCGUCUACCCAGAAUUGCAGGCGGGGGCCUCUUUGCCGCUCUCGGUGUGCUCGUCAUGCAUUACCUGGGUAUGAUGGCUCAAAGAACGCAAGCCAGUAUGACGCUGACUGCCGGAGUUGUGGUGGUGUCGGUCCUCAUCGCAUUCUUCACCGCCACGGCUGCGUUCUGGAUCCUGUUUCGAGCGCUGACAUUCUUCCAGGACAGCGAGUUGCUCCGAUUAGGCAGCGCUCUGAUCAUGGGUAUCGCAGUUUGUGGGACCCACUAUUCUGGAAUGGGAGCUGCCAGCUACACGUUCAUUGAGGAUGGGAUGGGGAGUGGAGGAGUUAAUUUCAAGGGCUCUCAGGCCGCCAUCCUGGCGUCGCACGGUUCACUGCUGUUCUGCUAUUGGGUGAUGACAUGGAGUGUGGCUUCGAGUGUGCGCAACAUCGCGUCCAUGACCUCAAACCUGAGCAAGCGCAGCCGCCCCCUCAAGAACCCCGUCGUCAGGCCCCCAGCAAUCGGUGGCCGAGAUGGAUCGCAAGUCGUCGGAAAGCGUAUUCAAUGA